AUGAUUGCUAGUGCUGGGUGGUGUGGGGCUGCCGUGCGGUUUGCUUCCCUCUUCUUGUGGUUGCAGCUGAAGGGCAGCUGGGAUGCUGGUGGGAGGGGAGCUGAAGGCGAGCAGCGGGCUUUUGUGUGGCGCAUCUUUUCCCACGCGCCCUGCAGCCGCAGCCGUUUGGGCAGCUUCCCCGGAAGGGCACCUUGUGCGGUUGCUGUGUCGUCUUUGGGUGCCGCCUCCGUGGCGACCGGAGAGGUGCGCGUGCGGGGGUUUGGAGUGCCUCGCAGAGUGCCGCAGCCGCGCAUUUUUUGA